UGUGAGGUGAAAUAUAGAUGGAGCCCAAUUAGCAUCAUUCCCAUACUCCAAGAGAGAUAAUGUGAGAUUAUAUUAUCCUGUACCAACAGGAGAUCUCAGCCAAUAUCUUUCUCCUCCACAUAAAGAAGAUGUUAGUUUUAUGUUAUAUUAUUGCUUUUCGACAAGCUGGCCCAAUGUGAAUUUAUGUAAUGACUAUUUUACUAAACUUAUCUAUUUAAGUGCCAUAAAUCUCUUAAGAUGUGAUCUUAUUGGCUGCUGAGUGGCACUCCCACCAUACCUCGUCGCUGAUUGGUCACCCAGAUGUCUGUCGGACACCAAUCAUAAUCAUUGUAAACAUGGCGGAUAGGAACGCAGGCAUCGACCUUGACUUGGGAUGGGUGAACAGUGUACGGAUCAACCUGCCGGCAGUGAAACGUCGGGCUGAGACUUUGGGUACAAAACGCACAGUGAAAAAACAGUGGCAGGCAGCUUGGCUUUUGCGUGCUGUGACUUGUAUUGACCUUACCACUCUCUCAGGUGAUGACACUAAUGCUAACAUUCAGCGGCUCUGCCACAAAGCAGCACGCCCUGUUCGCUAUGACAUCAUUGAGGCCUUGGGUAUGGAGAAUGCUGGCAUCACCUGUGGAGCUGUGUGUGUCUAUCCUUCCCGGGUAGCUGGUGCCGUCAAGACCCUAGACAAGAUUGGAGUGGAUAUUCCUGUAGCAGCAGUGGCGACUGGAUUCCCAUCUGGACAAUACCAUCUCCAGACUCGAUUGCAAGAGAUCAAGUUAACUAUUGCUGAUGGUGCAAAGGAGAUUGAUAUUGUUAUCAAUCGAGAAAUGGCUCUCACUGGCAACUGGGAGGGAUUGUAUAAGGAACUGAAAUUAAUGCGAGCUGCAUGUGGUGAUGCUCACAUGAAAGCCAUCCUGGCAGUAGGAGAGUUAGGUUCCAUGAACAAUGUGUAUAAAGCCUCCUUGGUGGCCAUGAUGGCAGGGGCUGAUUUCAUCAAAACCUCAACUGGCAAGGAAGGGGUCAAUGCCAUCCUGCCAGUAGGAGUUGUCAUGUGCAGAGCCAUUAGGGACUUCUAUGAACACACAGGACACAAGGUAGGAUUCAAACCUGCUGGUGGGAUCCGGGCAGCCAAGGAUGCUCUUGUAUGGCUAAUGCUCAUUAAAGAGGAGCUUGGUAAUGAUUGGCUCAACAACCACAUGUUCAGGAUUGGUGCAUCAGGACUUUUGGGUGACAUCGAGCGUCAACUCUUCCACUACGUGUAUGGGCGCUAUGCUGCUGCGUCUGAGCUUCCGAUGGCCUAAGAAUGUUGACAGUCAGGAGUGGUAAUUGAAAAUGUCUUGAAUAUAAAAUUUGUCUUUUCCGGUUCAAUGGCUGAUAGUGUGGUUUUAAGAAUAAUGUUUAAUUUUUCAGUACAUGAACAAGAAUGUUUAAGUUAAUUGGUACAAUUUUAUGUUUGGAAGUGUACUGUCAUAGUUAAAUUCUUAAAAAUAAUAUACGAAAGUAAAUACCUGUACGUACAUGUAAUGUAUGCAAAUUGGGCUCUCCAGAAAUAUCAAGGAAGACAUGACCUUCACUAGUACUAAUUGUACUAUGCUUUCUAAGGAGCAUUCAUAUAAGUGGUACUUGCUCAGGUAAGAAUGCAAAGACAUUCCAUAAAUGUAUUCCUACUACUGUAUCUGCCACAACUAGGGAUGUAUGAGUCACUGAAAUGGUUUUCAUUCUGUAUUCUUUAAAUUUCUUCCAUACUGCUUACCAUUCUGUGUAGUCUUAAGUGAAAUUAUAUUUGCUGUGCCAAUAUACCUUCAGGAGCUCAAUGGAAUAUAGAUAAAGUUCUAUUAAUCAGUGCCUUAUAAUAUAAGAAUUAAAUCUAAAAAUAGUUAUACCUGUACUGUAUAUGUAUAAUUCUGAUGAUGCUUUAUUUUUGACUGUAUUUCUCCAAGUACAGUAUAUGAAGUUUUAAUUCUGUAUUUAUACCUGCAUGUUCAAACACAAUAUGUAACUCAGCUCAUAAAAGACAAGAAAUGCUAUACACCACAGAGAAAAAGAAUUCUGAUAAUUAUCAUUACUGCUCUCCCCCUUGUGUGUGUGUGGAGUGGAACAAGGGAUACAGAAACCUUGAGAUUAAAUGUUAUUGAAAAGGCAAGUGUAGGUAUACCUGGCAACAACAGGAAAGUACAGUAGAGUUGCUCGUUAAUGCAGAUCCUAAUAAGAUUAAUUCACACACUCUUAUGCACUUGCUAUUAUCCAUUAACGCGAGUCCGAUGCAUGAUAACACGAGCCAAGCUGAACUAUGGUGAUCCUUGGAAAAAUUUCCCAAGUGGUCCAUCAGUUCUCCAGCAGCAAAAUUGUAAGUGAUCCAGCUAACAUUAUCAUCCAUGGAGUUUGGCUAGCCAGUGAGCCCAGACAACAUGGCAGUAUUUGUUGAUCAUUGUUUUUUCUGCACUAUGCAGUGUGUAUUGCCUUUUAUUUCUGAAUAUGUUUAUCAUUUCCACCACUUUUCAGUUUGUUUUUCAUUAUUUUUGUGAUCAACUCCAACAACAUUGAGUCAACAGGAGUUGUGGCAGGAAGGGAUAACACAGUGGAGGACAGAACCAACCAGACACUCCCCAUUUGCCCAGCUCACCAGCUAAUGCAUCCCUACAUACAUAUGGUAUUAUUUUCCAAGUUUCAUUGUGUGUUUUAUUUACUUUGUACUGCACAUGUAUUGUGUUCAAGCACUGCAUUUUCUUCUCAAAUGUUUAGCAUUUACUGCUUUUUAAUAGUUAUUGAGCAUUAUGUAGUGUAUUUUUUGGCCCUUCAAUCAUAGUUCCUAUUUUCCCAUUGAAAUUAGGUACUCUGUAUGUGUAUUAAUACAUUUUUUAUUAA